UUCAAGGCCAGACUGAUAAGGAGCCACAGAACCCCCUGCCCAGAUGGGACAGGGAGGCUGCCACAGAGAGGGCAGGGGUCCCUCCGGGAGCAGCAAGGAGGCCUCCAGGAGGCUACCGGAACUCUCCACGUGCUUUCAGAUGAGGAAGGCAGAGGUGUUACUUAUGCCUCUGCCACUCAACUGUAUGGCACUGGGCCUCAGUUUCCUCUUCUGAAAUAAGGGGCAAUAAAACCUACCUCAAGAAUUAAUGAGUUAAAAAAAAAAAGAAUUGACAAGUGAGGGUGCCUGCCCUUAGAACUCAAUACAUGCAGCUCCCAUUAUGAUUAUCAUCCUCACUGUUAAUUCUUCUUUUCUACAAAUGGGGAUAAUACAAUAGUACUCAGCUCCUAGGUGGUGGAUGGGAUUAAAUGAGCUCACGCAUGUACCACGCUGGACACCGCACCUAGCACAUAGUGAGCAUAGUAAGUGCUCCGUCGACAGUACGUAGCUCUUUUGCUUAUCGACCUUUCUCUUCAAGGCACUGUUACAGUUUGUAGGUUGGCCCCGCAGGCCGGAGGGGGUCGGGAUUGUAGUUAAAAAACCCAUUUCCCGGAGGCGGAAGCCGGAACGCAGAGCUGGGAAAGGCUUUGGAGUUCCGGCCCUCAAGGAAUGCGGAGUACCCAGCGCGCUGCCCGCUGGGGCCCAACGCUCUGACGCACGGUCAUCGGCGCCCCGGCGGCUCGCUCGGUCCCCUCCGCCGACCUCGGUUCUGGCUCGCUGGGCCCGACUGUGGUGCAGACCUCCAUGAGCCGGUCCCAGGUAGCCCUGCUGGGCCUGGGCCUGCUGCUCAUGCUGCUACUGUACGUGGGGCUGCCAGGCCCCCCUGAGCAGACCUCCUGGCUCUGGGGAGGCCCCAAUGUCACAGUCCUGGCUGGUCUCACCCCUGGCAACUCCCCCAUCUUUUACCGCGAGGUGCUGCCGCUCCACCGGGCACACAGGGUGGAGGUGGUGCUACUCCACGGAAAGGCCUUUAACUCCCACACGUGGGAGCAGCUGGGCACACUGCAGCUGCUGGCGCAGAGGGGCUACCGGGCCGUGGCCCUUGACCUCCCAGGUUUUGGGAACUCGGCACCUUCCAAGGAGGCAAGCACAGAGGCAGGGCGGGCGGAACUGCUGGAGCGAGUGCUGCGAGACCUGGAGGUGCACAAUGCCGUAUUGGUGAGCCCCUCUCUGAGUGGCCGCUACGCCCUGCCCUUCUUGAUCCGAGGCCACCACCACCUGCGUGGAUUUGUGCCCAUUGCACCCGCCUCCACCCAGAACUACACCCAGGAACAAUUCUGGGCCGUGAAGAUCACCACGCGCAGCGCCAUGGCCAGCGAGGGUCGCGAGGGCGAGCACCCGUCCGUGACACUCUUCCGCCAGUACCUGCGCAUCCGCACCGUCCAGCCCAAGCCCGACUACGGCGCUGCCGUGGCCUUCCUUGAAGAGAGAGCCCGCCAGCUGGGCCUGGGCUGUCAGAAAGUGGAGGUGGCACCUGGCCAUGUGGUGACCAUUCUGACGUGGCCAGGCACCAACCCCAGACUCUCCUCCAUCUUACUCAACUCCCACACUGAUGUGGUGCCUGUCUUCAAGGAACACUGGAGUCAUGACCCCUUUGAGGCCUUCAAGGAUGCUGAGGGCUACAUCUAUGCCAGGGGUGCCCAGGACAUGAAGUGUGUCAGCAUCCAGUACCUGGAGGCUGUGAGGAGGCUGAAGGCUGAGGGCCACCAUUUCCCCAGAACCAUCCACAUGACCUUUGUGCCAGAUGAGGAGGUUGGAGGUCACCAAGGCAUGGAGCUGUUUGUGCAGCGGCCCGAGUUCCAGGCCCUGAGGGCUGGCUUCGCCCUGGAUGAAGGCCUGGCCAACCCCACUGAUGCCUUCACUGUCUUUUACAGUGAGCGGAGCCCCUGGUGGGUGCGGGUCUCGAGCACCGGGAAGCCAGGCCACAGCUCAUGCUUCAUCGAGGACACAGCAGCGGAGAAGCUGCACAAGGUGGUGAGCUCAGUCCUGGCUUUCCGGGAGAAGGAGCGGCAGAGGCUGCAGUCAAACCCCCACCUGAAGGCAGGGGCUGUGACCUCCGUGAACCUGACCAAGUUAGAGGGCGGCGUGGCUUAUAACGUGGUACCUGCUACUAUGAGCGCCAGCUUUGACUUCCGUGUGGCACCGGAUGUGGACCUGAAGGCUUUCGAGGAGCAGCUGCAGGGCUGGUGCCGGGCAGCUGGUGAGGGGGUCACCUUUGAGUUUGCUCAGAAGUGGACGGAGUCCCGAAUGACAUCUAUUGAUGACUCAGACCCCUGGUGGGCAGCAUUUAGCGGGGUCUGCAAGGACAUGAACCUCACGCUGGAGCCAGAGAUCUUCCCUGCCGCCACGGAUAGCCGCUACCUCCGUGUGGUGGGGGUCCCCGCGCUGGGCUUCUCACCCAUGAACCGCACACCUGUGCUGCUGCACGACCACGAUGAGCGGCUGCAUGAGGCCGUGUUCCUCCGUGGGAUUGACAUAUACACGCGGCUGCUGCCUGCCCUGGCCAGUGUGCCUGCCCUGCCCAGUGACGGCUGAGUCCCAGGAGCGUCCACCGGACCAGUGUCAAGGACCCCUCUGCCCCCCCGCCCAACAAUAAAGUCUGCGUGUGGACAGAG